AUGUUACUUGGUCUGCCCAUUGAUGGUAAGGCUGUUAAUGGAUCUGUUCAACAUGCUAAUUCAAUGUGUGAGAGAGUGUUGGGAAGAGAUCUAGUUGUGCCUACUCAAGGUUCAAGAGGCCAGGGUAUCAGUCUGGUCUCCCUUAGAGAUUACUAUGAUGAACUCGUCUUGAUGGACAACUUUACUGAGGAGCAUGUUUGGUUAAUGACUAAGGUUUAUAUAAUGUUGAUGUUUGGUAAACUUUUAUUCCCGGAGUCGACAGGUAACACUGUCAACUUUUUCUAUUUAAGUAAAUUUGACAGUAUUAGCAAGAUUAGGAAAUAUAGUUGGGGGUCCGCCGUUUUGGCGAUGUUAUACCAGUCUCUUUGUAAGAACGCGGUUGCCGAGAAGUGCACCUUCUAUGGAUGUGCGUUCCUCCUACAAGUAUGGGGUUGGUGGAGAAUGCCGACGCUGUCCCCGGUAGGCAGGAACAACUACACGUUCCCUUAUGCAACAAGGUUCUGUGGUCCUAAAUUGGAUUACAGUAAGAAUCCGAGGGGGAGUGUUGUUUUAUAUCGGGACCUAAUUGAUCACCUCCGAUCUGAAGAUGUAUUAUCCCUAAACUUUUAUAUGAUCAUAUAG